GAAGGAGGACUCCAUUGUUUUAACAGACAGUGAUAAUGAUGACCCACAGGUCAUAAGCAGUAGUGACAGUGACGACGAGUUCGUUUUUCACCCUGACGGAAGUUUCGAACUAAGAGAAAGAUCUGCCAAAAAAAGUAAACUUGAGGAGCUAGAGCUCACUCUCCAAGAAGAAAUAGUGGAAACAAGCACAUCACCCGAUGCACAGCUGCCCCCUGUGGAUCCACAGUGCGCAAGACAGUUGCUUGUACCAUUCCUCUGUAGCAACCAUGGAGUCUUCUAUAAUGCUGUGCUCAACCGGACUUGUCUCAAAAAGAAUCAGAACAAAUUUUACAAGAUGCAGCUUGUGGUGGAUCUGUGCAAUAACCACCACUAUGUGUUGUUUCGCUGGGGCCGUGUUGGAGAAAAGGGAUCAAUAAAGUUGAUCCCCUGUGAGGAAGACAUCUUGAAAGCGCAGUUGGUAUUUGAAGAAAGAUUCUACUCGAAGACCGGCAAUCGGUGGGAGGUAUGGGCGAAAGACAGCAAAUUUGAAAAGAGGAAGGGGAAGUACGUCAUACUCAAAGUGGACUACUCUGGUCCUAAAACCCAAGAAGAGUGUAUUCAGCAGCUACCUGAGGAAAUUGCCAAUAAUGUAGCAUCAAGCAGGCUCAAACCCAAUUUACUGAAACUCGUGUCUCUGAUAUUUGAUCUCAAAGCAAUGAAAGAAACUGUUGUUCGUAUGAAGUUUGAUGUGACAAAAUUUCCCUUAGGAAUGCUCACAAAGGAACAGAUCCUUGCAGGUUAUGAGGCACUUGAUAAAAUUGAAGAUUGCAUUAAGAGGAAAAGCAACAAAAGUGAACUUGUAGAGGCCUGUAGUGACUUUUACACCUGCAUUCCUCAUUCAUUUUCGCGAAGGAAAAGGCCCACUUUGAUUCGUACAGAACUACAUGUACAAGAGAAGAUGCAGCAACUAGAGGUCUUGCAAGCUGUCCAAACAAUCUUGGAUCUUUUUCGGAAGGAGGCCGGGAUUAAAAAUCCACAUCCCCUAGAUAGUCUCUACGAAACACUGGAAUGUGAAUUGACGGAACUGGACCGCACCAAUGAUGAUUAUAAGGUAUUUUGUGGUGAAGAACUCGCACGGCCAGUCCAGAGGGUCCAGCGUUACAUCCACGUUGGAGCUGGUGGGAACGACGACAGGGAGUGCGGUCAACCCUGGCAGUGCGCCCACCGUGCCGGUCCCGUCGCUUCCAGUGGCACAUCACCGGGCGCGGCGGCCGCCUGGUCGGCCGAGCAGGGUGCAGAUAAGUCUGAAACGAUCAUUCAAGCGUCUCUUGAAAAAACGCAUGGAUCGACACAUAAUAAGUACCAUCUGGAGCUGCAGAAUGUGUUUCGAAUUGAGAAGAUGGCAUACAAUGAGAGCUUUGUUUCUGUUGGAAACCACAGAAUGCUGUGGCAUGGCUCAAGGAACAACAACUUUGCAGGCAUUCUGAGUAGCGGACUGUGCAUCACCCCCCAAGCUGCAUCCCCAAAUGGCUGCAUGUUCGGAAAAGGUGUAUACUUUGCUGACUGUGUCAGCAAGAGUGCAAACUAUUGCUUCCGGGAGCCACAGGAAGAAGGGCUGAUGCUGCUUUGUGAGGUGUCCCUAGGAAAUAUCAAGGAAGAAGCAAAUGCCAAGUCAUAUGACACAUUGCCCAGAGGUAUCAACAGCAUAAUGGGCGUUGGCCAGUUCACCCCCGAUAGGGUGGGAGACCUUGCUAUGUAGGUCACUUGCUUUCUUUUUCUACUGUACUCGGUUAUACUUAACUUCUCAACAGGCUUAGUGGUGACCUUGUCUGUAUAUAUGCAUGCACUGUUGGUUGUAAUUUACAUGGGCCUGCAUAUUGGAGUUAUUCAAAGUGUUCUGUACUGCUGUUCUAUAAAAUUACCACAGUUUCUGUACUGGAUAAAGCACUGUAGCUGGGUUUACAUAAACAUGAUUACAUGUUUGUUGUUAAAAAAGCAUUGUAAAUUACCAUUUUUUAAGUUUUUAGUGGAACUGGAAUAAUGCACCCAGCAACAAUAUUUUACCUUAUGGAUGGCUUAUGAAUAACCAUAAGCUCUUUAUGCAUGAAAAGUAAGAACAACAGAAUUCCCACCAAUAAAGUAGUAUCUGUGCUGAACAGUAUGUUGCCAUGGUUAUUAUGAGAAACUUUGUCAAGAUAAGAAAAGUAAUAGAGAGGCUAUAAUUAAAUGCAGUCUAAAAUAUAAUGGAAAUGUAACAUUGCUAAUCAGUUAAAGAAGAAAAAGGGGGUUACAUAGUUUGCAUACCUUUUUUAAAGCAGAGUUAUAAAUUGUUUACUGUUGGAAAUUGUAAUAGUGCUGACAGUAAUGCUGAAUGUACAAGGCAAUAAAAGAGCUAUGAGAAG